UUUUUGCAAAUACAAACAAAUUUAUUUGAGCAUAAGCUUUCGUGAGCUACAGCUCACUUCAUCGGAUGCUGUAGCUCACGAAAGCUUAUGCUCAAAUAAAUUUGUUAGUCUCUAAGGUGCCACAAGUAUUCCUUUUCUUUUUAUAGUUUAUUGGACCAACUUCUGUUGGUGAGAGAGAGAAGCUGACACAGAGCUCUUCAGUCUGGGAAGUAUCCUCAGAGUAUCACAGCUAAAUAUAAGGUGGAACAGAAUGUUUAACACAUAUUUCAAGAGACCAUUCAUGUUUAAGUGGUCAGUUAACACUAAGUGGAAACACUAAUCCAUGCUACUACAGUCUGAAUUUAAGGCCAUAUAUUGAUCUUCCUCAGCAUGUGGAAUUCUCAUAGAUGCGAAUGUGAAUUUUGCAUAUGGUCCAGCCCAGGCUAAGUCUUUAUGUGUUGUGGGGAUUCAUAGCAAGGCUGUAGAUUUUUAACCAAUACAGUUCACUUAUUUUACUGGGGUAAUAUCGUAUGUGAUUAUUAAUCUGACUGCUUAAUGGUCACAAACAGAUUAUUUUGAGAAGAGAGAGAAAGUUUGUAUUUUUGGUGCUAUUGUUCCAGUCUGCCUAGAUGGAGACUUGCUGAAACUGCUGUGCAUUGACUUACAAGUGAAGGACUCCUUCACAACUAUAAGGGCUUGACAACUUUUCUAAAAAUACACACGCACACAAAAAAUUGCAGGAAAACCUUAAUACUAUAGAUUUGGAUUGCUACCACCAAUCACAAGAUAUUCAUGUUCACUGUUUGCACUCUCCCAUCAUUCAGUUUACAAGGAACUGAAUAAGAGCUAGGACCUUAUCCUGUUUUCCUUGCACACCUUUUACUCCUAUUGUGCUCAAUUAACUUUGGUAGGAGUUUUGGUUGUCCAAGGAAUGCAGUUUUGGUAUCCGGUGGAUAAUAAAUGAUUAAUUGUCUUGAAGUCCUGAACUGUGUAGACUGUCUGUCUUCAGUUAGUUGUAUAAGUGUUUUAACAGUAAACGAUUUGACAUUUUCAAAAAUGAGCCUCAGGUUAAUGAGUUGUAAAUCUGUAGUGUAUACAAGACACAUGCACUCAGCUACUCAAAUCUUUAUUUCUGUGAGUAGCCCUUAUUCAUGUAAGUAGCUCCUCUUACUUCAGUGUGAUUACUCCCAUAAAUAAGCCUUUGCAGGACUGGACCCCUUAUCAUUCCAAAAAAUUAAACUUUUCUAUCUCAGCGUAAACUGCAGAUGUACACAUCAUUAACUUGUCCAUGUCUCAACAACAUCAGUAUUGUCAAUUGAGCAUACAUUAAGGUAUGUGAUAUUAAAAGAUAAUCAGAAGUCUGAGAGCAGGAUUGGCACCACCUAAUUGGCUAAUACCCUACCAUUAAUCUCCUAAAAAUACCUAGUACAACUGUAUGUACAACGUGACAUAGUUCAGGGAAAGUUACAUGCAUAAAAUCCAAAUGGUAAUAAACAAAAACCCUUUGUGCAAGUCUGCAUCAAGGAGCAGAUCCUAGUCUCAUCAAAUAAUCCAAAAUUUUGCCUUAGAUUUAAAUGGGAGCAAGAGCAGUCCCCCAACCAAGUAAAUAUUUUGCACUUUGAUUCUUACUGCUAUGAGAAAGCUUUUUGUGUCAUGUUAGAAUAUCUUAUUAUAAAUAGAAACUUUACAAAUAAGAAUAUGGGGAGAAUGUUAUAACAUCCCAAUGAGCAACCUGAAAGACAUUAACUAGCAAUUACAAUUUAUUUAUCCAUUGAAUACCUUUUAAAAAAAGCUGAAUUAAACAAUGAAAUUUGGUUUCUUGUGAAACAAAUUAAUCCUUUUGUUCUGAAAAUUCUGUUCAGUUUACAGAUUUUCAUGCUAGGAAUGAACUUUAUAAUUGCAGUUUGAAGGGAUUGAGAAGAAUAUUUUUGCAAAUAACAAUUAUUAAAAUCAAGCUUUAUAAUAUUGUACAUGUUCAAUGUGUGACAAAAAUAAAAAUAUUUUGACUAUGAUGCUAACCUGGGACCAAAAUGUUAUUCUGUGUAUUCAGCAAGAAAUUAAGCAAUGUGCAUUUUUUUCAUACUAUCAGAUUUUAUUUCAAAAUAAUUGUCUUAUCAAUAUUGCAUAGCCAUUUUAAUAUGAGUCUGUGAAAUAUUAAAAUCUUAGAGUUGAAUGAACUUGCAUCAUUCCAUCCUGUACAUGGUGGAAUGACAUUUUCUAUACUUGCAGUAAAACUUGCUAAUGUCACUAUUAUUUCUUCCAUUUAAAAUAAAGUAUGUUCUGUUAACUAACUGGUUCACUUGCAGCAGUAAUUAAAUAAAAAAAAACUUUAAAAAUAUGUCUAUUGACAAUUAGCUCAAUAAACCAGAUGAUUCUAUUUCAUUCUAAAUCAUCUGACUGAUAUACCAAAUUCUCAGAUACAAACACCAUAAUUCUACAUUCCUAUUAAAGAAAAAACAAGUACCUUCUGACUACUAUUCCAAAAUUAGGAGCCUAAAUACCUUUGUGGAUCUGGGCGCUGGUCCCUAACCCCAUUAGUACAGCAUUGUCUCCUGCAGUACAUUAUAUACUAAUACUUUGCCCACUCUAGUUUCAUUGAUUUCAAUGGAAGUAAGGAGCCUAAAUACCAUUAGAGUCUGCACCUCGGUGAUAUAAUAAAUCUUUUCUAUCUCUAAUGUCUGGGACCCAAAUUCUGUGGUCUUGAGUCAAGCAAAGGUCCUAUUGACUACAAUAGAAGUUUUGCUCGAUUGAAGGACCACAAAAUAUGGGCCAUUGGCUCUCAUAAUAACAGUGGAAGCUAACCUGUUUCUGUGAAAUGUUGCAAUUGUUAAACUUGACAAAAUUAAUUCUGGAAUCGUUCCCCAUCCAUAAAGUUAAGCGCAUGGGUAAGUCUGCAGGAUCUGGGCCUUAGUUCAUAAACUACCUGAACACCGGACUAAUUGGUAAUGCUCAUGUUCUAAACUGACAGCACAAUGUGAAUCUCAUGGCAUCAUGAAUAUGAGGUAGGAUUAAAGUCUCAGCAUUUAAUAUACAGAACUAUGUAAAAAUAUUUUCUAAUAUGAAUUAAAUUAUUCAAAGUAACAAUACUGAACAAAUUGCAUGAUGUCAAAGCAGCAUUGGGAUUUAAAAAUAAAACACAAGUUCCCAUUUUUGUAACCUGAAAGAUUGAUUAUAGCCUUUUAAAAAAAAUUAUAUUGAGGAAUGAUCAUAUAUACAGAAAUGUUUAAAUGUUUUCGAUGCUUCUGAUCAAUAUAUUUACUCUUCACAGAUUUUCAUUAUGUAAAAAGUCUUUCAGGAAUACUAUUGGAUUAUAGUUCUCUAAAUGCUUUCUCUCAGUAUGAUUAUGUUAGUCUUUUAAUGCAGGCUGAGUCUGUGCAGAAUUGUAGGUCUACAUGUGAACAGUCAUUUGCUGUUGUAAGCACACAGUAAAAGGGGGCUUAAUGAAGAAAUUAUUAUUUGUUAUAUCUGAUGUACUUGAAUAACAUGGAAAGAUCUUACCCCUGGUCUACACAAGGACUUUAGGUCGAAUUUAGCAGCAUUAAAUCGAUGUAAACCUGCACCCGUCCACAUGAUGAAGCCCUUUAUUUCGACUUAAAGGGCUCUUAAAAUCAAUUUCCUUACUCCACCCCUGACAAGUGGAUUAGCGCUUAAAUCGGCCUUGCCGGCUCGAAUUUGGGGUACUGUGGACACAAUUCAACGGUAUUGGCCUCCAGGAGCUAUCCCAGAGUGCUCCAUUGUGACCGCUCUGGACAGCACUCUCAACUCAGAUGCACUGGCCAGGUAGACAGGAAAAGAACCGCGAACUUUUGAAUCUCAUUUCCUGUUUGGCCAGCGUGGCAAGCUGCAGGUGACCAUGCAGAGCUCAUCAGCAGAGGUGACUAUGAUGGAGUCCCAGAAUCGCAAAAGAGCUCCAGCAUGGACCGAACGGGAGGUACGGGAUCUGAUCGCUGUAUGGGGAGAGGAAUCCGUGCUAUCAGAACUCCGUUCCGGUUUUCGAAAUGCCAAAACCUUUGUCAAAAUCUCCCAGGGCAUGAAGGACAGAGGCCAUAACAGGGACCCGAAGCAGUGCCGCGUGAAACUGAAGGAGCUGAGGCAAGCCUACCAGAAAACCAGAGAGGCGAACGGCCGCUCUGGGUCAGAGCCCCAAACAUGCCGCUUCUAUGAUGAGCUGCAUGCCAUUUUAGGGGGUUCAGCCACCACUACCCCAGCCGUGUUGUUUGACUCCUUCAAUGGAGAUGGAGGCAAUACGGAAGCAGGUUUUGGGGACAAAGAAGAUGAUGAUGAGGAGGAGGAGGAGGUUGUAGAUAGCUCACAGCAAGCAAGCGGAGAAACUGGUUUUCCCGACAGCCAGGAACUGUUUCUCACCCUGGACCUGGAGCCAGUACCCCCCGAACCCACCCAAGGCUGCCUCCUGGACCCAGCAGGCGGAGAAGGGACCUCCACUGCAUGUGUUUCAAUGAUCACAGGAUCUUCUCCUUCCCAGAGGCUAGUGAAGCUUAGAAAGAAAAAAAAACGUACUCGAGAUGAAAUGUUCUCCGAGCUCAUGCUGUCCUCCCACACUGACAGAGCACAGACGAAUGCGUGAAGGCAAAUAAUGUCAGAGUGCAGGAAAGCACAAAAUGACCGGGAGGAAAGGUGGCAGGCUGAAGAGAGUGAGUGGCGGGCUGAAGAGAGUAAGUGGCGGGCUGAAGACAGGGCUGAAGCUCAAAUGUGGCGGCAGCGUGAUGAGAGGAGGCAGGAUUCAAUGCUGAGGCUGCUGGAGGACCAAACCAGUAUGCUCCAGUGUAUGGUUGAGCUGCAGCAAAGGCAGCUGGAGCACAGACUGCCACUACAGCCCCUGUGUAACCAACCGCCCUCCUCCCCAAGUUCCAUAGCCUCCAAACCCAGACGCCCAAGAACGCGGUGGGGGGGCCACUGGCCAACCAGCCACUCCGCCACAGAGGAUUGCCCCAAAAAAAGAAGGCUGUCAUUCAAUAAAUUUUAAAGUUGUAAACUUUUAAAGUGCUGUGUGGCAUUUUCCUUCCCUCCUCCACCACCCCUCCUGGGCUACCUUGGUAGU